CCCAAAAACUACAGCAAACGCGAGCGACACACCAAGGUUUUGUAUAGGCCUAUGUUUCAUUGGCGUCGUCCUGUCAAUCAAACGGGAAGACGAAUCGCUGCUCUCGAUGGGCGGGGACAUUUAAAAAGCGCCCGACAUAAAUUCUAGCGCGCGCCGCUUUGCGCUCAAUAGUUUCAGAAGCUUGAUCGUGUCUGCAGGAUGAUGGUUAUGAAGGAUGAGUGAUGUUUUGCCAGUUAUCAGUUAAAAUGCCUAAAAUUUAGUAAUAAAUCUGAUUAAACAAUAGGUUUACUAACUAUAGAGGAGUACAUAUGAAUCUGUAAGUGUAUAUGCUACAUUAUUUGUCGUUAUGGGCAACGCUGAAGUAGUGAAAUCGCUGGAUAUAAUGGGAGACAGUAAUCAGAGUGGUGUAAUCAACAGAUCAAUCAGUGAUCGCGAGCGCUUUAAAAGCCUGGAAGACAUCGAUGUGACCGCCGACGGGAGUCCGGUGUUGAGAUGCUUGAUCUCCAUCACCUACUCGGUGGUUUGCGUCGUAGGUCUGAUCGGGAACCUGUUGGUGUUCUUCUUCAUUCGCGUGAGACAAGAGAGACGCACAUCCAAAAUAAACUUUUUCAUCCUCAAUUUGGCCGUCACGGAUUUUCAGUUUGUGUUGACUUUGCCUUUCUGGGCCGUGGACACGGCGCUGGACUUCAGCUGGCCAUUUGGAGACGCCAUGUGUAAGAUCAUCCUGUCGGUGACCGUGAUGAACAUGUACGCGAGCGUCUUCUUCCUGACCGCGAUGAGCAUCACACGGUACUGGUCAGUGGCUUCGGCUCUGAAGGACCGCAGCAGAAAGACCAGCUGCUCCAUCAGGUGGGUCAGCGUCGUCCUGUGGUCCCUGGCCACCGUGGCCACCGCGCCAACAUCCAUCUUCUCCACAGUCACCAACGUGGCCGGCGAAAAACUUUGCUUAUUGCGGUUCCCCGACGGACAGUAUUGGUUGGCAGUCUAUCAUCUCCAGAAAAUACUGAUCGCUUUUAUUUUGCCCAUGGCAAUAGUGUCCAUCAGUUACCUGCUGCUGCUGAGGCUCAUCCGUCAGCGGAGCAUGAAGAACAACUCAAAACGAAGAACGCAAGUCACAAAGUCCGUCACCAUCGUGGUCUUGUCGUUCUUCCUCUGCUGGAUGCCCAAUCAUGCCAUAACGUUUUGGGGCGUGCUGGUGAAAUUCAACGCUGUGUACUGGGAUAAGUCGUACUAUAUCGUUCAUACCUAUGUGUUUCCGGUGACCGUGUGCCUGGCGCACGCGAACAGCUGUUUAAACCCACUUAUUUACUGUCUUAUGCGUAAAGAGUUCAGGAAAAAACUGAAGGACCUGUUUCUCCGAGUUUGAUGUGCGUGCAUGCCGCGCCACUCAGUCCUGGGGAACAAACGGUAUUCCUUGUUGAAGGGGUUAUUUUAACCAGAAUGUAACUGUCAGUCAUUAUUUACUCAACCUCAUGUUUGUCUGAGUCUGUAUGACUUUAUUCCUGCAGUGGAGCUCAAAGGGGAUGUCAGUUCACAGGUUUGGGACAGCAUGAGGGUGAGUAGCCAAAAUAAGAAAACAAGUGGUAUUUUUGGAUGAACUGCCAGUACCUACAACAGUAUAAGCAUGAUGUAUUGCGUAAAUGUCUUUGUCUUUGUUGUUCUUGUAAAACAUUAUUUUAAAAUAGCCCAACUUUAGAUAUAAAAUGUUACCUUUAUUUUGCAUUUAAAAAAACAACAAAAAACUCUGCAUUCAGUGCACUUUAACAAUUCCUCUUCCACGAAAUGUUUAAAAUAAUAAUACAGUAUUGUGCACUUUAUAUCUCAAUUCUAGGGGUAUCCGUGUGUUGUUUCUGAGUGUUAAAUUAAAAUCUAUUUAAAUUAAAAUCUGACUUUAAUAAAGGCAGAAUAUAUAAGAGACCAUGCAUGUUUCUGAGGAUUAUGUCUGAGCAAAUAUAAGGCUUUAGGUCAAAUUUCACAUUGUUUAAAACCCUCUCAAAUCUUUGUGAAUUUCAUCCUCCGAUAUUAAAUUCCAGUGCCAUCAUUUUGCUAUUGCCGUUGGGUAACUAGGGAACAUAUUAAAACCACACGGAGCCUGUUAGAUUUAAACCUUAAGGCUAAACUGUGUUUUCAGGAAAAGGGUAUUUUGCAUAAAAGUGAGGCCAGGGCAACUUAGAAUAUUUGUUGUUGGCAAAAACCUUUGUUUGAUAUUGUAGGAUAUUACCUUUGAUGUUUUUGCUGUUUUCUAAAUUAUUUUGUAUAGUUAUUAGCUGAAAAGCAUAUAAUAAGAUGUUCAAUGGCAAACUCCAUUUUGACAACUUACCACACAUGCUACUUGUCAAUGAACAGUGAAUUUGUUAAAUGAACAUUAUUUAUUUAUUUAUCUGUGCAAUAAGACUUAGAUUCAAUAGCCUUUUGCAGGUAAGAUUUUAAAGUCCUAUACAAACAUUUGACAAUACAAAAUAAACCUACCUUAAGUAAUAUUAAUUGUAGAAAAUAAUUGUGUCACUAGCCCUACAAUAUAUUAUAAGCCAUUUACAAUUAUAUAAAAAAAGAAAAAACCCUUUAUCAGCUACAUCAGUUAAUUUGAUGUUUUUACACCUUAAAACUUAAUAAGGAUGGAUAGCCACACCACCUGGUUGAGCAAAAGCCAAAGUAAAAGUUUCAGUCCAAUUUGCUGAUUCUCCUUUUCUCUCGCACUCUCUGAUUGAUAACACGCUCUCUGAAUUUCCCUCUCUCAGUUCUUCCCUGUCAGUCCUGUCUCAUUCUCAAAUUCAAUUAGCAUUACUGACAGACACUCCCACAAGCUCCCAGCCAAGACACUACCAUCCACCCUGAUCAGAGCUUUGUGAAUCAAAGCAUUCAGGAAUAUAUCAAGCAAAGCUAGCUAGGCAGAAAUAUGUUUCAUUUAGUCGGGCAAGGCCAUAUCAGUCUCUUUGCACACAUCCAAACGUUUUCUUCUAUCCAGUAGAAAUGACAGCUCUGCGGCAUGCAGUUCAUUACCCAGAAAGGGUCAAUCAGGUUCAUAACUGAUGAGAAUGCUUAACGUCUUGUUAAAUUGCGGUUGCUUUAAAUCACUUACAGAGUAAGCUAAUGAUGGUCAUUUGCAGGCAAUUUGGAAGAUUUGAAAAGACAGUACAUCUGCUGCUGUUUACCGUCACGCUCACACAGGAGCCUUUUAAUGGACACCCGGCAGAGAAGUAAUGCUCUUGAUGAUGUUCUGUUGGUUAUGAAAUGUCACACUCCCGUGUUUAGUCAGUAGAGGUCAGUGGACUGUGAGGAACAGUCUGGGCAGGAGUCAAUCUUUUUUGGAUGCAAAUAUUUUCCCACCAAAGACCAAACCAAAAGUAUCCUUUAAAAACAAAGCAGUAGGCACAAUUAUGGCUCCUAUAACUCUGCUGCUCUCAUUUUAUGUGUGCACUUAAAUGUCAUUUGAAUACUAUUUGUUUGUCUACAUACCUAGAAAUAGAAUCAAAACAAAGAAGAAGUCUGCAUGUGUCCUGUUAAUGUAUAAAAGCAGCCCAUUUGUUUUGACCAGUACCAUUAUUGCUGCUGCUACUAUAACAAACUUUCCAUGUACUUUGCCAUUUUCAUGAGAUGUGGUCACGUAUGUGGAGGUAUGAAGUUGGCUGCCUUCCCUUGAUGUUAAACGAGUGCUGUGUAAAUGCAAAUUCACCGUUUUGCCCAUGGAUGUUUGUCAAUAUUACAAAACUCACUUUGGUGUCCUGCUGAGUGUGCUAAUAUAAUCAGAUCCCCGACUGCUAACAGGAUUUCCUGUGGAGACAUGGUUUCCUAUUACUGAGUGGGUUAGGAGUUAUAUUAUACUAGUCACUUCCUAAUGCACAACAUCAAAUCAAUGUAUUCCCAUUAUGAUCUAGAUAAGAAUUUCAUCGCAUUGGAAUUUAAUUGGUCCUUUUUGACUACCCACAGUGUUUCAGUAUAAUGCUCUCCACCCCUGUAUGUAUUCAGUAACAAUAUAAUCCAAAAAGUAGAAGUGAAUGUACUGCAUUGCAUGUGUUAUAAUUAACUUGCUUUUAUUUUUGAAGUUAUUUAUUUCUGUUGUAAUUUUUUUUUUUAUUAUCAGUCUAAAAUUGUUUGACCUUUUCAAAUGAAAAGUGGAAUCUAUUUAAUCAUGUCUGUUUUAUGUUUAUCUUUAUGAUGAGACUUUGAAGUCGGACAAUGACUCAAAAUUAAAUUCUCACAAAUUUUAUAGAAUUGUUUGGACAGGCUUUCAAAAUCCAGCCAUACUUUCUGUGUAAAUACAACAACAACAUACAUUGUGGUCUAUGGAAAUAACAUCCAUUAAGAAUUUAUUUUAAACAAUUAAGAGACUAAUUAAGCUUGGCCUACGUUUGCAUAGGCAAAUGAAAGUUGUGUUUGAUGUUUUCGAAUGAACACACAAUGGAUAAGGACAUCAUAAACCUCUUUCAGGGUAUUUUAUCAGUGUCUGUGUAUUCUCUGAAUUUAACCCAUGACCUUGGUGAUACUAGUACCAGGUUCAGCCAGUUGAGCUACAGUAACUACGACCAGAAUUCAUAUAUCAUGCUUGUUUAUAAGACUGUCUCAGACAAGAAAAUCCUUUAGUGCUUUACUCAACCUUGUGAACUUGCCCUCUUGGUCUCAUCACUGUCCUCUCUCCACUGAGAGAUCUCUGGUAUUGAUCUUACUUCUGAUGUCAACACAUCAAGUAGAGGAACUGUAGCACACUGAGAAAAAAAAAAAAAAAAACGGUGUAGGAUUUACUUUAAAAAUAUUUUCACUCGGAAAUUGCUAGUGCAUUUCACAAAUAGUUACAAAGAAUCAGCAGGUAACUGUGGAAUAAACAUCAAAUUUGCAAGUAGAUAAGAUUGAAAAAAUGUUCUUGUAUGUACAACAAAAAAAAUUCUAAAACCAUUUCCCCCCCUUUCUCGACUACAGCUGCAAAAUGACAUUACACUACAUCUAAACAUCUCCCCUUCUGUUCCUGCAUAUGCAAUCUUAAAAAGCCUGCAUGACAUCUUAAACUUGACAAGAGUGAAUUAUUCUUCCUUCCAGCUAAAAAAACUACACCGCCAAAUUUCUCACUACCAGUUGAAGGUCGCACAGAUGUUGCCUACAGGAGUGUGGAAACAUUAGUGUCAUCCUUCACGACAAGCCCUGAUUUGUGAAAAUGAAUGCCCUGUUGGUUUAUGGUUUAAAAGGAAGCAAAAAUAAUAUUUUUUCUUGACCACUACUCUGAUCAAAUCUUUG